AUGCCCUUCAACUCCUCCUGCACGCAGGUACCGCUGCUCCUUCCUGAGGAGCUUCGUGACGAAGUACUGUGUGGAGCGGCGGAGAUCAUCGUGGAGCGUGGCAGCCGCAACCGUUGCUUCUUGCACGUCUACAGUGAAGAGGAGCGACUUGCCAAGAUCGAGGACAUCGCGGACCGAGAUGAUGUGGUGCGGCAAGCACACGAAAAGCGCCUAAGUGAGCUGCGCUGGGCGCGAGAUGUGCUGUGGGCUGACUCGCGGGUUCGGCGCUUUGUACGAUACGCGGACCCUAUCUUAUGGCCGGCGUUCGAUUCUCUCAGUAAAGUAGUCAAUGUAGUACAUCAGCUAAUUUUCUGCGAGGACGGCGACAACACCGCUGUGCUGAAAAGAGCGCGUGACGUCGCCACUGCGAGCGACAUCCUUCGACGUGAGGCCAGGCUGCCUGGCCUGCAUCCGCUCAGAGAGACGACGCUGAAAGGGAAAGCGACGUUGUACGAUGUGCAGCGAAGGAGAAAGCGCAGCCGUGAGGCGUGGGCAGCGACGAUGCCAUCGGUGCUCUUGCGCGUCGACGAGGAGGCAGUUGACUCUGUCGCUUGGAUUGCUGAGGUAAAGCAGGUAGCGUACACUGUCUCGGACGUGCUGCAGCUUCAGCUUGCCACUACACCGCUGACACGACUCGUCGAGCUGCUGUCGCAGCCGCAGAACUCUCUGGCUUGCGGUGCUUCCGUCCCGUCCGUAUCCGCAGUACGGCGACAGUGGCGAGGUCUGCUCGACAAGCAUCGACAAUGGGCUGAGUAUCACUCCCUCUUCGCCGAUGUAGAGGAGGCUUGUCGGGGUUGGGGGGCUUCGGAGGCGUGCGUGGCGCGUGACGUGCACACCGCCUUGAAAAGCGGUUCCAGCGUCCAGCUACGCACUGGCGUUCACGCGAGUGUGCUACAGAGAGUUAAGCUUUAUCUCCUGCUGAGCACUCGGCCUCGCAAGCUUGACAGUGUCGCGGCGGCAGAGCAGGCGGCCUUUGCAGCUCUCUGCCCCGCCCAGUCAUGGGCCGAGUGUGUGGAGGAGGGAUUAGUGCGCAUAGUGACGCUGCCUCCCACUGGACGUACUCCGGCGAGAUUUGACGCGCUUGUCCGGCAGCUUUUUCUGAGCCCUGCGCUGUGUGAUGUGCCCUUUGCACAGUGCUGCACGAUGAGCGAGGCGUGUAGGAUCAGCGCUGACCUACAGGUGCUUCACGUGUCUUCCACCUUCAACCCAUUCGUGGUGGUGCAUGGAAGCCGCGUGUCGAACGGCUUUGCCGGCGAUGCGUCGUGCUUUCGCUCCCUGGAGCAUGAUCGUGAUCGUCUCGUCACGGAGCGCACCCAUGCACAGCUCCGCCAGGGCCUCCAGGAGGCACCGUCGCGCGGCACCACCCCCAGCGCCGCCGGUGGUGCCGCGCGCCAUCCGACGUUGUUGCAGCCGCUGCAGAGGGCGCCAUCGAGGAUAACUGGCGAUGCUGCAGUAGCCGCGUUCAACCGAGCCCUCAUCUCUGCGCUGGCUGUAGCUCCUCUCUCGCGGGCGGAGAUACAGCACAGCCCGUUGAUGCGAGAGUACAAGGACGCCGCCAAUUACGAGGCUGUUCUCAAGGUGGCACUCAAGGAACACGCAGAGUUCAAGGGGCGCAAAUACCAAUUGCGUGACUGA